UAUAGGAGGUAAAUAACCUCACUUAUUUUAUAAAAUUGCUGUUUCUAUCACCUUAAAUAUCUAAUUAUGACUCUCAGACAAAUUGAUUCGUUCGUUGAUACCUUGAGAUCUAUGGUAACUCUUGAUGGCGUGUCUCAAAUUCCCCAAAAGACAUUUGAGUUGAUGACUAGUUUUAAUGGAUGGAUGAGAAGAGUAGCGCAUGUCAGUCGACAAGGUUGUAUUAAAAGACUAGAAAAAAGGCAUUUCCGAAGACAUGAGAUUAAGAAAGUCAUUAAGAAUCGUCGUCAUAAAUGUUGCUGUAGAAAGUGCAAAAGAAAGCUAGCUACAAAAAAUGUAAAACCAGAUCUUUUAGCCAACAUGGCGUAUGAGCUUCGAGUAUCUCAAGAAAAGCCUUUAAUAGUUGAAGAAACGAUAAAAAAAGUAUCAGAAGAACCUAAAAUCCAUCGAGAGGGUCUAGAAAAACCUCACGAAUAUACUUUACGUCAUCGACGCCAUCAUCGUCAUCAGCAUCAGCCUAGGCCUCAUGCUCUUCCUGUGAUUCCUCACCAGGAUGGCAGAUAUCUGCAACAAUCGGACUACGUUGGACAGGCCUGGUGGACUGACGAGAAUUAUCAAGUGUUUAUGCCACCGCUGAUUCAAAAGCUGUCACUUAAACCAACUCGAUCUGAAUGUUCAUCGAUAUCUGAAUUUCGUACUGGUAGUCCAGUGAUUUCCAAUCAUAUACCAUCAUUAGGGUGCACAUCAGACUCUAAAAACUCUGACUAUAAGUCAUGCAGAGAUGGUCCGCCUUCUUGCUAUCAUUUAAACUCUAAAUCAGAUGCCAAAAUUCCAUCAAGUCCAACACUUGGAAAGAAGCCAGUGGGAAGAAGCGCAUCGAUGCCACUGGGCCAAAAGCCAAGGGAAUUGCAAGGAUUGCAAAUGGCAGCCAAGCGGAAGCUAGAAAAGAAACGACCUGUUCGAUCUACUAGCCACACUACAGAUAGCUUCAGCAACUGCGUCAAGUGUUCAAGGAUUGUGUUUAGGAGUUUUAAAAAAAUGACUUGCUAA